AUGCCUGUAUCAUGGCAACCACGGGGAGAGGAUCGCGUGGACUAUGUUGUAGUUGAAAGAGACGGCGUGGAUGGCCAGCGAGAGGCUGUCGGUAUUGAGAUUGGAAAUCCAACACCGACUGUACGUCGCAGGUUCCGUCGCUCUCUUGCCAAACGACAGAUGCCAGCUCCCACACCCACACCCACACCGAUGGACGAUGAUUCGGACGAUGACAGUGAUCUUGAGGAUGCCCUCGAAAGCCUCAUGCCCUCAAGCCGACCUUUCACGAUACCCAGCGCUACUCCAACUGGUGUCUCUUCUACCACCGAGCAUCUACUCAUCGCUGCUGGCUCAAUCGGUGCAACCAUUGUCAUUGUUAUGAUCAUACUGGCUUUCUACACCAUGCGCAAGCGUGGCUUGACCAUCUCGGACGUUAUUCAAAACAGCAAAGCAUCGCUUCGACAGCGUGUGCUGACCUCGCACCUCCGCCUCCGAAGUAUGAGCAACGCCAACAACCAAAGCUUCAUCCUGGACCCUGCACCACCAUCACGGCAAAACUCACAUCGUCGAGACAUCAGCGACACACCCUCGUCACCCGUCCUCCCAAUUCAAUCUAUGCGCCGCAGUGAAUCAACCCACAACACGCGGUCUCUACGGGACGAAGAAGAAGCCCUGGACUACUACGAGACAAUGCCACACCAACAAUCCGCAGUGCCCGCGCCUCCCACCUUCCGGCAAUUCCUCUCCAACCGGCCCUCCGCAUCCCAGCGCCCCGGCCUCGGCGGCGGCAUGGCCUCGCGCUUCAGCUGGACCAACUCAAACGCGCCACAAACACCCCACGACCCAUCUCGUGACACCGCCAUCGCCGGCCCCGGCCGCGACAGCUUCAUGACCCAGCGCUCGUCCGUCCCUCGCUUCCGCACCAUCGACAGCUGGGUCAACCAGCAAUCCACACGCGUCGAGGAGCAGAAGCUCAAGCAGCAGUUCCGCAUGACGCAAUCCACCACCUACAGCGACGAAGACAGCGUGCCGGAAAUGCCGCGCGUCCCGUCCACGCUGAGCAAGGAAGUCAAGCACGCACGCCACGACACGAUCGACACGGCGCCGAUUUUCAAGCAGCAUCCAGGCACAGAGGUCAGGUUUAGCACGCGCAGCACGGUGCCGAGCGAGGUUCUGGAGACGCGUGUGAGGCUGUAG